ACUAACCGACGAUCAGGUGCAAGAAAUGCAAGAUGGCGGCGAUCGAAAGAUAGACAAACACUCACAGAAAUACUGUGAUGAUUAAACCAGAUGAAAUUUACACGCAUCUAAAUGAGACAAUAGAAGUGUAACGUCAGUGAGCGCGCGCAUCGUCUCGUUUGUAAUAUAGUGUGUGCGUACGCUUUUAUUCUCUCGAUCAGUUUAUGUACUGCAGUCAGUAAGGCUUUCCUGCGCCGGUUUUCUUGAGAUUUACGUUAAGGUCAACCAAAAAGUGUUUGUGUGGAUGAAUAUUCGGGUGAAGAUUUUAAAGAGAAUGAAGAGAUAUUUUGAUAAGACAGUUUAAAGGUCAACGUUGAUAAACAAUUCAGCGAACGUGUUUGUUUUCUGAGGUCUGAAGGCCGGUGUGGAUGAGAUCGGGUUAAGUUAGCUGUCUGAAGAUCGCGGUGAUUUUAUAGGUAAACUCGUGUUGUUGUUAGUAAGCUGAGGUUGGGGUUUGGGUUAUUUAACGUUAUUUAGUGAGGUAACGGUGACUGAGAGACCGUGAUGGUUUUUCCGGCUGCUGAAUAUGACUGCUAAUAGCGUUUAAGUUGUGCCGGUGUUGUUAAGUUAGUUGAUUGUGGUGAAGAUGAGCGAGACUCGUCGUCGUGUGAAGGUUUAUACUCUGAAUGAGGACAGACAGUGGGAGGACAGAGGGACUGGACAUGUGGACACACUGAAGGACACAACACUGACCGUCACUGCUGAAACCGACGGAUCAGUAUUACUGGAGUCUAAAAUCAAGCCCAACACCGCCUAUCAGAAACAACAGGACACACUCAUCGUUUGGUCUGAAGCUGAAAACUACGACCUGGCUCUGAGUUUUCAAGAGAAAGCUGGCUGUGAUGAAAUCUGGGAGAAGAUCUGUCAGGUGCAGGGUAAAGAUCCAUCGGUGGAGAUCACUCAAGAGCCCAUGGAUGAAUCUGAGGAGGAGCGCUUCGAGGAGAUGCCGGAGAGCAGCCAUUUAAUAGAGCUUCCGCCAUGUGAUGCGAGCCGACUGGAGGAGAUCGCCGAACUGGUGACGUCGGUGCUGACGUCGCCCAUCCGACGGGAGAAACUGGCUCUUGCCCUGAUGAGCACGGGAUACAUGAAAAAGCUACUUGAGCUUUUCAGGACGUGCGAGGAGUCCAACCACAGAGAAGAGCUUCAUCACCUGUAUGAGAUUGUGCGUGGCGUGCUCUUCCUGAACAAAGCCACGCUGUUUGAGGUGAUGUUUUCAGAUGACUGCAUUAUGGAUGUGGUGGGCUGUCUGGAAUAUGACCCGACACUCGUUCUGCCCAAGAGACACCGAGAGUUCCUCACGAAGACUGCUAGAUUCAAAGAGGUGAUCCCCAUCACGGACUCGGAGCUCCGACAGAAGAUCCACCAGACGUAUCGAGUGCAGUACAUUCAAGACAUCAUACUGCCCACACCGUCUGUGUUUGAGGAGAAUGUGCUGUCAACGUUAUCCUCCUUCAUCUUCUUCAAUAAGGUGGAGAUUGUCAGCAUGCUGCAGGAGGACGAGAAGUUUCUGACAGAGGUCUUUGCUCAGCUGACAGAUGAAGCCACCGAGGAGAACAAGAGAAGAGAGCUGGUCAACUUCUUUAAAGAGUUCUGUGCAUUCUCACAGACAUUGCAACCACAAAACAGGGAUGCUUUCUUCAAAACGCUGGCCAAUCUUGGAAUUUUACCUGCUUUGGAAAUUGUGAUGGGUAUGGAUGAUGUUCAGGUGAAGACAGCUGCCACUGAUAUCUUCUCGUAUCUGGUGGAGUUCAGUCCGUCUAUGGUGCGAGAGUUUGUCAUGCAGGAGCCGCAGCAGGCCGAUGACGAUGUUCUGCUGAUUAAUGUGGUGAUAAAGCAGAUGAUCUGUGAUUCGGACCCUGAGCUGGGUGGUGCCGUUCAGCUCAUGGGACUGCUUCGGACGCUCAUGGACCCGGAGAACAUGCUCGCUCCAGUCAACAAAACUGAGAAGAGUGAGUUUUUGAGUUUCUUCUAUAAGAACUGCAUGCAUGUGCUGACAGCUCCGCUGCUGGCCAACACCGCUGAGGAGAACACAGGUGAGAUAUGCUUCACACAAACCCUCAGAUACAAUCACAUCAACAUCCUUCAUCACACCUGCCUGUGCUUUAACGCAGAUCUGACGGAUGGAUCAGCUGCUGUCAACCCUGUGUGUCCAGAUAACUUUCAGACCGCUCAGCUUCUGGCUCUGAUUCUGGAGCUGUUGACCUUCUGCGUGGAGCACCACACAUACCACAUCAAGAUGUACAUCAUGAACAAAGAUCUGCUGGGGAGAGUGUUGACUCUCAUGAACUCCAAACACACUUUCCUGGCGUUGUGUGCUCUGCGCUUCAUGAGAAGAGUCAUCGGGCUGAAGGAUGAGUAUUAUAACCGCUACAUCGUGGAGGGAAAUCUGUUUGAGCCUGUUAUCAACGCCUUGUUAGACAAUGGGACCCGAUACAACCUUCUGAACUCGGCCAUCAUCGAGCUCUUUGAGUUCAUCAAAGUGGAGGACAUCAAGUCUCUCAUCGCACACAUCGUGGACAACUUCUACAAAGCGCUGGAGUCCAUCGAGUACGUGCAGACGUUUAAGGGUCUGAAGGGCCGAUACGAGCAGGAGAAAGACCGACAGAGUCGAGGACUCGGCAGGUAUCGCAGGGAGGCUCGCUCGUUAGAGGAGGACGAGGACAUGUGGCUGAAUGAAGACCAGGAAGAAGAGGACGUAGAUUUUGACAAGUGCAAGACCGAUUACGGGAAGUACAUGGAGAGUGAGAAAGUUAAAGAAAGUCAAGACAAAGAGAAUCAUCCCAAGCGGACGUCCACAGGCUGCUUUAAGUUCACCUUCUCUCAUUCUCCAGAGACUGCCACCAACAGCUCCAAACCUCCACCUUCAUCUUCAUCCAACAGCUCCAAAGCAACAGCUCCGGUCUCCAGCAGCCAGCCGCCGAGGACUGGACUGGUGGGCCUCGUGGACUAUCCAGACGAUGAAGAUGAAGACGAAGAAGAACAUGAUGAAGAGGAGCAGUCACCACGGAAACGGCCUCGUCUAGGCUCAUAAGGCCUGUUUCCAUUGUCUCUCAGUCUCUACCUCACCUGAAGCAGAGGCGCUCAUCCCUUUCCUUUUCAAUAAGCCAAUGACAGCAGCAGUCAUGCUGCAGGAGCCGAUGGGACAGCCGCACAGGCUAGCAGGACUAGUCCCAGUACUGAAUGCUGAUUGGCUCACACACUGUGGGGCUGUAAAAGUGACAUCGGUCAUAAAGUACUGUGCCGUGUUCAUUUCCUCCUUUUAAAUCAUGUGUCUUGAAUGUUUUUUUUUUUCAGUAAUAAUAACAGGAGAUCCGGCCAGUGUCGUGUCUGUUCCACAUCAGAGCCGGAAUGUCUGUAAUAUAAAGAAGUGGCAAUGUUGAAAAUAUGAAAUGAUGAUUAUUUUUUUGCUCCUCUCCUCGGGGGGUGGACUGAUGACAAUACUGUACUGCAGUCGGACGUAUCAUCGUCAUCGUCAUCAUCAUCAAUAAGGAUGUUUAUAAGGCUUAUCAGCAGUUGUGUUCAUCGAUCAAAAUUGGACUUGACAGGCGCAUGUUUUAAAAUGUUUAGAUUUAAAUAUUAAAAUCAUUUUUCUUCA